AUGGACGAUUCACAAUUAGAUUUGGGAGCUUUGGAGGACAUUGAUCCAAGUUUAGAAGGAGGUUUUAAAAUCCAAUUUGAUAGAGAAAUUCACAUAGAAACAAGGGUUCAAGAUGCAAAUACAGGACCACAAGAAAUUGGUACAUUAGAAUAGGUUAGAGUGAAAAUUUUAGUUUAAGGGGAGUAAUAAGCAUUUGAGAAUUUGAAAAUUGAAUUAACAAGCGAAACAGAUUUGUUUUUCAAUUACAUUACAAUAAUAAAUAAAGAGACUUAUAAAAGCAUAAGAGAAGAAUAAAAAUUAACAAUCGAAUAUCCUCAAUUUUUAUAAAUGUUGAUCAAGCUGUUAAAUGCUUGUCAUAAAGAACCUAAUCAUUUCUUUUGCGUAUUGUUCAUGCAAUAGGAUGGUGCAGGAAGACUUGAUUUUAUUGAAAAUUUAGAAUACAAAUUUAUGGAAAUGUUGUCCUUAGAAUUCAGUUCUGCUUCUGAAGAGGCUAUCAGAUAGAAUGUUUCAUUUAGAUAUAAUUUAAUGAAGGCAAAGUUGCAAUUCGUUUAAAAUAGAUUAAAUGACAUAGCAUCUUUGAUAAAAUUGAAGAAUCCUUCACUGUUAGUGUAAAUCAAUAAAGCAUCAGCGGGUGUCAGUUAAAAUUAAAGUACUUAAAAUGCCAGCAAAUACUUGGGAUAAUCAAAAAAGACCAAUACAUCAAAAUUUGUUUGA